UCCCCCUCUCCCGCAGCACCCGCUGUUCCGGAGUCCUCGAUUCCUGAAGCGCGAGAUGGGGCCUUCCCCUGCCGCGCUUGCCUCCUAAGAUGUCUUCUCCGGGGUUCAGGAGCGACGCUGCUGCUGCGGCUACUGCCGCCUCUGCUGCUGAGGGCCUGGCACCAGGCCUUCCAGGCGAGAGGCUGUUGAUGCCGGUCACUGAAUUCCGCUGCGGGAAGCCGUAUCGGGCGUCCGAGGCAGUGGCUGCAGGUGUCCCGGGAAAGCUACAAGAUGAGGGGCUCCCUUCCCCGGUCGGAAAGGCGGCGGAGAGGGCCGAGGAUCGCCGUCCCGCCGGGGCUGCCGUAUUACCUCAAGGGCAAGGGACCGCUUGCCCCACUUCCCUCUUGCUGGCUCAGAGUUUCAGCUCGGCGGCUUCAGUCUCACCUUCGGGGUCUCAGCUGCCGACGGUCGGCACCCUCCAGAACCCGUCACAGCCGGGGCAGGAUGGAGCUCAGGAGGUCGGAUCCGAGACAGAGUCUCUUCCUUUGACGGGGACCCUUCUGUUCAAGUUGGAAACCAGUCAUAUCCAAGUAGAGUCUGAUCAGAUAAAAGAGAAGAAAAGUUUGGAAUUAUUUUCUGCAAGAGCUGUGUCUAAAAAUAUAGCUGGGUCUCAAGCAGUUGAGAAGAAUUCUAAGCCUUUAGGACUCAGUGCCGUUAAUCCUGAGAUUUUUCAGAUACAAUCUUUUCCAAGAACUGGAUCUCAACAAUUUUUCUUAUUUAAUUCUUCUAAACCUACAGUUCAACUAUUUCUUCCGCCCUCCCUACAUCCCCUUGGACAAGUACCAGUAAGUAAAAUAAUUACACAUGGACAGAAAUCCAUUACAAAAGGUAGGGAAGAUUCUUCAAAUGUUUCUUUGGUUUCAACUUGUUCAGCAAAAACCCUUGUAAAUGAGGGGAAGCAGCCAAAAGAGCAAAAGAUUAAAAAAUCUUUGAAAGUGGCAACUCGUUCUGGGCGGAUUUCUCGCCCUCCAAAAUACAAAAUUAAGGACUACAAAUUUAUUAAAACAGAAGACUUGGCUGAUUGUCACCCAUCUGAUUCUGAUGACUAUUCUGAGCUGAGCUUAGAAGAUGAUGAAUGCAACAAAGUAAAGGAAGUAUGUGAAUUAUUUAACCCCUUAAACUAUGACCUGCGACCAAAAUUGUUUAAGUGUCAGAACUGUGAAAAAUCCUACAUAGGAAAAGGUGGAUUAUCAAGGCACUACAAAAUAAAUCCAGGCCAUAGGCACCAAGAGUCUUCAGAAUCUUCUCUUAUAAAUAGAUUUUCUAGAAUGACAGAGCUGGAGUGUGCUGAAAAGGCAAAUUGUGAAAGCAACCAUCAACCUUCUUCAUCUUUACCAGUUACUUUACCAGGUGAACAGCAGUCUGAUAUUUCUGCAGAAGACAGAAAAUCUGAAGAACCGUACAGCACCCAUUUGGGGCCUGGAAGAAGAAAACGGCAGAGAAGAUCUUAUCAACCAAAGAUGGCUAAUAGAUCAAGAUAUUCUACAACAUUCAGCAGAUCUGGUCAAUUAUCUUCCAAUUCUUUCAAUAGUAUCUCAGCAGAGAAUCUUAAUACAUUUAAAAGAAAAGCUAAGCUAAAAGAGCUGAUUCAGCAGUGUCCCAACGAAGAGUUUAUGGAGUUGGUGAUUCCACGUCUGACAACAGUUGUUACUGUAUUUGAAUUCCUACUGAUGAAGGCAGAGAAAAAAUGUCGAACAAAAGCAGUCUUUCCAGAUGUUUACCGGGAGUUUGAAGAGCUCCAUUCAAUGGUAAAGAAAAUGAGUCAAGAUUAUUUUAAUAAUUCUGAAUUAAAGCAACAAUUAGAAAUAAAAAACCACAAGCUAGCUGAAUCACUAGGAAUUACAGAUAGUUGUCUUGAAGUGCCAAAAAUCCAGACAAAUUCUUUUCCUGAAUGUACUGAAUCUACUGAUGACCGUAUAUUGCUCCAUAUUUCAGGACAGAAAUGAGCAGCUGAGAAAUGUGCAGCAAAGAUGUUCUGCAAGAAUAUGGAAAAAAAGAAUAUGAAUUGCUCCAACCAAGAAUUGUAGAUGAUAAAGCAAAUACAGAUUUAUGCGAUCAACACUCUCAAGAAAAAUUGAACAUUUACAGCCUGUAAAUAUACCAGGAUUAGAUUAUUUGAGAUGCCCAACUGAUAAUAGUUAACAAGAAGAACAAAGAUAAAUUCAAGUUGGGACACAGUAAAUGAAAUGACUUAUUAUAUCUUUUGAAACAUCUGAAAAAUACAGUCAUCAUUAUUCCUUGGUUUCUUCAUGAAAAAACAGUAAAAUAUAUCAAGAACUUAAGAAAAAAUGCUUUCUGUAAACAAAUUCUGAACUUUCUUAAACUUUAAUAGUUUCAACAAUAUUAAACAUCCCAGGAACAGUUCAUCAGUUUAGAUCUCAGGAAAUCGAAAGGACUAGCUUCAUCCUUCCUUGAAAAUAUAUGAUUAAUUAAUUUAAUAGUGGAAGUAUUUUAGUGGAAAAAAACAAGAAUAUAUUAAGUACAACAUAAUGUUGAAGAUUAUGGAAACUAGGAACUUUUCUUGUGGGUAUAUAUAGGCUUUGCUUCUUCCUGUUGCUACAUGUUAUACAUCUGUUUGUGAAAGAAUUUGCUGCUGCUAUGUAUAUUUCUAAAAAUUCUUUGGAAGUUGUAGUACUUCUAACAGUGAUACUAAACUUAAGCCUUUAUAAAAAUAUUUUUGAAACAGUUUUGAAAGUCUACCUGAAAUGUAUAUUAAAUAUGAUUUUUUUUUAGUUUCACAAGCUUGUCCAUAUUUAACAUAUACCACAAGUUCUAACAUAUACCACACGUUUAGGUGUUACUUCCCCAGAAUGAUAAUCUUCCUCCCCUUUUGCUAAUCUGGUCCUAAUAAUAUUGUCUUCUCUUUAGGUAUUCGGGAGCAGGUUGUCUUUUUCUAACUAUGAUGCCAAUAUGAUAAAACAUGCAUUGGGAUGCUACCAUGCAAGCUUUAUGCUUUUGUACUUGCAUUGCCAUAUUGCCCACAAUUAGAGUUUGCAUCAUAUCACAAUGCUCUUUUGUCACUUUGUCCCUGCUUGCACAUGCUUUUGUCUACAUAAGAGAAGAUGUAUUGCUUCCUAAGAGUCAAUAUUCUCAUAAUGGCUGAAUGAGUCAAUUGUGCAGGAAAGCUAUCAGCACCUAAAAUACAAUCUUAAUGAGGGGCUUAAUCAGUGAUACUAUAGGGAGUUAAUAGAAAAUGAAUUUCUCCUAAGAGAUAAAUAUAUUGCACCAAUUGCUAUGGAUAUAUUAAUGCUUGACUACCUAAGGUAUCAUAUAAAUUUAAGGACAGCUGCCAGAAUUCCUUUAAAAAUUAACAUUUAAAUUCUUGUGUAUGCUAUCCUGAAUAAACUUGAAAAAAAGUGCUUUACA